AUGUUUUGCUGUAUUAGGAGCAAAACAUCUAGCAUUUGGCACAAACGGAAGGCAAAAACGACAGCAAUAUCUACUCCACCUGCCCCUGCACUUGCACUUGCACUUACCGAGAAUCAUCCUACAACUCCCAUCGGCACUAUCCCCCCCGAAUCCCCUCCUUCAUAUCGAUCUUCAGAUCAACAGCAACCUACAUAUCCUCUACCUCCCAUUUCUGUUCCCUCCACUAUCUCGACCGAGUCUGUCAACGAGCUGCAACCUCAAAAUCGUCGUUACGGUAGACAAUUCUUCUAUCCACUGCCGCCGACUUCCGUUCCCUCCACUGUCUCAAGUCUCUCAGAUCGCCAAAAUCACCAAGAAGUCGUGGCCCAGGAGCCAGUAAUUGAACCCCCAACUGUGAAUACCUCAGAAACAGAUCCCUACGCCCGCACAUACGUCCCUUAUACAGACGCGUCUCCUCUUAAGAACAACAUGUUUGCAAGAUCCACAGGAAUCUAUGGCCGGGUAAACCCAGAUAUCAUGAGCGGCUUUGGAGAUGAUGCCGAUUCCGUUUGGUUGGUAGACGAUGAGGAAACGACCGAAGAGCAGUCCCAUACGCCAAAGGAUCCCCCAGCGCAGUUGAAGACGACACCUUCUGGAUUGUCAUCUUCACAUGGCUCAGCAGCUCAAUCCCAACUCCCAGUCCCUACUCCUACUCCUACUCCUACUCCUACUCCUACUCCUACUCCUACUCCUACUCCUACUCCUACUCCUACUCCUACUCCUACUCCUACUCCUACUCCUACUCCUACUCCUACUCCUACUCCUUCAUCUUCUGCUCGACCAGCAUUUCGAUACCAAAGACCUUCAUUUCUGGACGAUGAAGAGUUUGCUACAACCUCACUUCCUAAUAUAAGCGCAGAUUCCGUGACUAUCUCUGGUCAGAAAUCGAUUCCAGUGACCCGUCGUGGCUAUGCUCCAGUGGCGGCGUCAAUUCUCAACCUCCCAGGUGUUGGUGUUGAUGGUGAUCUUGACCAUAACAAAAACGAUUGCAGCGCCGGGAGGGACACAGAACUACCUCACAAACGGCCUAAAAUUGCUGCUGCUGCCUCUUCGUCAUCGUCAUCUACAAAUCUACAUAGGAAUUUAUCUGAACAGCAAGAUGACGCAACAGCAAUGGCAUAUCCUCGCCAGCUGGAACAGUCAGAUAACGAAACAGCUGAUGAAUUCCGGUUUGGGCAGCGGUACCAAAAGGCCUCUGACUCAUCCGAUGUGAUUGUUACACAUCAGCGGAUUCCAAGAAGCACUGCCGUGAGUACUCUAGAGUGUGUUGUUUGCGCAGACACCAAGGAUGUUGGGGGCUUCCCACGUUUCUCUAUAACGGCAACGUGUACGCAUGUCUCAAACACGUGCCUUGAUUGCAUACAGCUAUCAAUUGAGUCGGACUUGAGUAGUAAGCUCUGGACCGAGAUUAGGUGUCCUGAGUGUCGAGAGCUGCUAGAAUACGCCGACAUCCAACGUUAUGCUAAUCAGCAGACCUUUGCAAAGUACGAGACAAUAGCGUUACGAGCUGCCAUGUCGGAGGCUGAAAACUUCAUAUGGUGUACUUCCGGUUGUGGCUCUGGGCAAAUACACGAAUCGGGGUCCGAUCAUCCUAUUGUGACUUGUCUUCAUUGCAACCACCGCUCAUGCUUCCAACACAACGUUGCCUGGCAUGAAACUCUGUCUUGUGAGGAAUAUGAUCAACUUCUGGCUGAUCCAGAAAACUUUCGGUCCCGUCUUGAAUUGGAGAAUGAAAGAUGGUCAGAAACCCAACGGGUUCAGCUAGAGGCUGACAUGGCACUCGCUCAGGGUCUUAUAGCUGAAGACCAAGCUGAAGCCAGACGCCGUGAAGAGAGACAUCGCCGUGAGAGGGAACAGGCUCAGAUGGCGGCACAACUCGCUCGUAAGAUCGCAGCCAGAAGGCAGAGAGAAGAGGCAAAGAGCAAUGCCACUCUGAUCCGCACAACCAAGCCAUGUACUGGAUGUGGAUGGGCGAUCGAGAAGAACCAUGGAUGGUAA